GAAGGAGAAUCAAAGAGAAGAAAGACCUGGCUGGGUCUGGGUGGUGUCUGCAGUGCCAGAAAGGGAGGUGGUGGCGGCGGCGGCGGCGGCGGCGGCUGCGACCACGGCCGCUCGGGACCUGAGGCCCGAGAGCAGCUGGCGGCGGCGGCAGCUCCAGCGCCUCGCGCCGGGGCCGUUACUCAGCAGAACACGAGCCCGUGUGGAGCAGCAGAGCCGGCGCGGGGAGGCGAGACUCGGGAGCGCGAGCCGGCCCUCUGGGGCGCUGCCGUCCUUCUUCGUUCCGGCGCGGGGGACUGCAGCCCUCAUCCCUCUGCCCGCAGGUCGGGAGAGUCCGGCGGUGGCGGCAGCACGAAUCGCGCCCUGUGGAAGGCAGGGGAUCGACAGAGGUGCUCUCCCGGCCCAUUCUGUCUCACACCUUGGCUGCGGCCCCUCCGGUGCAGAAGAUGAAUAAUCUUUCAUUUAGUGAGCUAUGUUGCCUCUUCUGCUGUCCACCUUGUCCAGGGAAAAUUGCUUCAAAGUUAGCAUUUUUGCCACCUGAUCCAACUUACACGCUAAUGUGUGAUGAAAGUGGAAGCCGCUGGACUUUACACCUAUCAGAACGAGCAGACUGGCAGUACUCCUCUAGAGAAAAAGAUGCGAUUGAGUGUUUCAUGACUAGAACCAGUAAAGGCAACAGAAUUGCCUGCAUGUUUGUGCGUUGCUCACCCAAUGCCAAAUACACUUUACUCUUCUCACAUGGAAAUGCUGUUGAUCUUGGUCAGAUGAGCAGCUUUUACAUAGGACUGGGAUCACGGAUUAAUUGUAAUAUAUUCUCAUAUGAUUAUUCUGGAUAUGGUGCAAGUUCUGGGAAACCAACAGAGAAGAACCUCUAUGCAGACAUAGAAGCUGCUUGGCUUGCUCUUAGGACAAGAUAUGGCAUUCGCCCUGAAAAUGUGAUAAUCUAUGGCCAAAGUAUAGGGACAGUACCAUCUGUGGACCUUGCUGCUCGAUACGAGAGCGCUGCUGUUAUUCUUCAUUCUCCUCUGACCUCGGGAAUGCGAGUUGCUUUUCCUGAUACCAAGAAGACCUACUGUUUUGAUGCAUUCCCAAACAUUGACAAAAUCUCUAAGAUAACCUCUCCAGUAUUAAUAAUUCAUGGGACUGAAGAUGAAGUCAUUGACUUUUCCCAUGGUCUCGCGUUGUUUGAGCGCUGCCAAAGACCCGUGGAGCCUCUGUGGGUUGAAGGGGCAGGUCACAAUGACGUGGAACUUUACGGACAGUACCUUGAAAGGUUGAAACAGUUUGUGUCUCAGGAACUGUACUCUUCGAUAUAAGACAACCUGAAAGUCCAUUACACGUUCUUCAAGACCACAAACAGACUGGCUUUGGUCCCUUUCCACUUUGGCUAUUUUUAAGAAUGGGACCUAUUGUUUUGGAUUACUAUCUGAGAAAUUCAUGGAUUCACUCCUGGAUGCAGGAACUAAGAAAACGUUUAAUUCAUAACUUUUAUAAUAACCAAUGUAGUAAAAAAUAAAGUUCACACACAAAACUAAGUUGCCUUUCCUUGAAUGAAUCUUGCCUGAAUAAAACAAAGAAAGAAAAAUAAAAAUUAAAUUAACGGUAUGUAGUCUAAUUUGUAAAUGAAUGAAUAUUGAAAUAAUACACACUGUGGAUAUAUUUUAAGGCCUUAUGUAGUUUUACUUGUUCUGCUUGUUCUGUGGUUAUGUCUAAGACUAUAGUAUAUGAUUCUCUUCAAAGUAUAUCAAGUAUUGUGAAUGCUUUGGUUCAGAUGUGUCAAACUAACAGUAAAACAACAAAUAUACCACUCAGCUGUGCUUGCUUGCCUUCUUCCAUGCUCCCCACAUCC